ACACCUUGAUAAAACCCCCACUAAUACUUUGUGAUUAUUAUUCCUUGAGAAAACGGCCUCGGGCGCAAAAAAAACAGCAGAAUCGAAAACAAUUACUUCUAAUGCUUUAAAUGGUUGAAUUUAAAACACACAAAUGUAAAGCUUGAGUGAUUCUUUUAGCUACAUAGUUCAUACAUUGUUCAUUCCGUGAGGGAAAUUAAAUCUUGAGUUUUUGGGCUGUCAUGCUAAAUCCAAUUGCUUUGUGUUUGCUAAUGUUAUUUUUUUCCCCUCGAGGAAUAUGGCCUUCAAUGAAGUGCAAUCCAAUUAAUUAGGCUCAGUGAUUUAUUGACUGUAAUCGUGUGGGCUGGGUGGUAAAAAAAUAAACUAAACCAAAAGGUGACCAACAGUUGUGUUUGUUUGGUGUGUGCAGGAUGACACACACUUUUCAUUGCAGACCAUCACUGUGUCAAAGUUGGUCAUCACCUCUUGAGUGUUUGUCUGUCUCUUCCGAGAACACGAGCGGCGAGUUAAUAAAGAAGACACUCGAUCGUGUUUGAAAGGAAGCCGCUUUUACACGCUCGUACUCAAACUCACGUGGUGUACGAAAACGCAGACGGAAAUCGACAGAGAAGAACUAACGCCGACAUUUGGCCAUGGCCAAAAUGAGUGUCUUAUCGUUGCAUUCUAAUUGUUUGUCAAUCUUGAAAAGGCAAAAUUUAAUAGUGGAAAAUAGUAUAAAAGUGACAAUUAUAUAUCAGUGGCUGGUUUCACAAUGAUCUUUUUUUUUUUUUUUUUUUGCCCAUCUUCAGCAGAAAAGAUGAGGUAAUCGUCGGGUGUUCUGCGCCAGGAUGUUGAUGCCGCCGUCUCGCCAGGGUGACCGUCCUCCUUGGGGGACCGCCGCAGGUCCGAUGUCGGAGCUGUCCUUGCAGCAGUGCAGCAGGACGCUGUGCCUGUCUGUCUACAUCAUUACUUUUGUGCUGGGCUUCCCAGCCAACGUGCUGGCCUUCUCCACCUUCUGCAGCAAAGUCCGCCACAAGGCCACCCCCAUUGACAUCCUGCUCCUCAACCUGACUAUUUCGGAUCUCCUCUUCCUGCUCUUCCUGCCCUUCAAGAUGCAUGAGGCGUUGAACAACAUGGUGUGGAAAAUGCCCGAGCAACUAUGCUCGCUGUCGGGCUUCAUCUUCUACAUGACCAUCUACAACAGCACCUUCUUCCUGACGGCCAUCAGCGUGGAGCGCUACCUGGGCGUGGCCUUCCCCAUCCAGCACAGCCUGAAACGCCGGCCGCUCUACGCCGUGGCCGCCAGCGUCUUCUUCUGGAUCUUCUCCUUCAGCCACCUGAGCAUCGUCUACAUCGUGCCGUUAAUCGGCACUGACAAGGAGCAGGUCAAAGCCACGGCGGACCCCAACGGCACCACUACGGCUCCGAAAGAAGUAUGCUACGAUAACUUCACUGACGCCCAGCUGAAGGUGCUCCUGCCGGUUCGUCUGGAGCUGUGCCUGGUUCUCUUCUGCAUCCCCUUCCUAAUCUGCAGCUUCUGCUACAUCAACUUCAUCCGGAUCCUGUCGCGGUUACAACACAUCGACCGACGGAGGCGCCUGCGGGCCAUCGGCAUGGCGCUGGGCACGCUGCUGGUUUUCGCCGUGUGCUUCGGGCCCUACAACGUGUCCCACGUGGUGGGCUUCGUCACCUGGCGGAACCCCACGUGGCGGGACGAGGCCCUGCUGUGCAGCACCUUCAACGCCUGCCUGGACCCGCUCAUCUUUUACUUCUCAUCAUCCGCUGUGCGGGGUACAGUGGGAAACGUAAUGGAGGGGGCCAGGGCUCACCUGAGCCGGUGUCUGCCUCGCCGCCCCCCGUGGAAGCAAGCUACGGACGAUAAGGAGAGCAAACAAGACCAGAUCAAUGCAAGCUAAUGGCCUGCUUUAUGUCUUGAAUGCCGGCAGCGGCAGGAAAUUAAUGUCAUGUUUGUUUGUCGCACGUGAGGUGUCUGUUCGGGACUGUUGUGACGCUGCGUGUCACUUCCCCAAAGAACCGCCGCCUGUCAAGAUGAGCAAACAAGCGGCCAUUGUGUCACAAGGCGCUCCAACGGCGACAUGUGGACAAAGACACCAAUAAAAUUAAUUUAUUAUUAUUAUUAAUUUCUUAAUUAUUAUUAUUAGUUUAUUGAAGCUAUC